GCCUCCUCCUCCUCCCUACAGAUUAACCCCUUCAGGGACACACAGAGAGAAGGCGACAGGGCAAAUUCCAGCCCUUCAGACGACUCUUUGGGAAGAAGAAGAAGAGGGAGGCCAAGUUUGAUGGAGCAGAGCUGAAGGCAAGCUUUUCUACCGGAGAAGUGUGCAACGGAGUCGUAUCUGACGAUGAGGAGUCCAAUCAGAAUCUGAGGGAGUUGAAUCCCAUCGGAUCCCGAGCUCUCUCCCACGACAGCAUCUUCAUUCCAGAGGAGCCGGAGACCGAGCCCGGUCUGGAUCACAGCAUGUCACAGGAAAACGUCUCGGACAAAGUCAGGAAUCUGCAGAGGCAGAUUGCACAGGGUAUAAAGUUCGGUCAGAGGCCUCCUUCUCUGAGGAAAAGUGAAGGAGAUGAGGGGAGUUCAGACGAGGAGGAGGUUCCCCAGAGUCCUCUGAGGGUUUUGGCACAGGUGGAGACUGAGCCGGCACACGCAGAGCCAAAGCAGGUCCAAGGGGCGCAUCAAGUGGAACCACACAGCACACCUGUGAAGUCUCCGAGGUCCAAACGAGUUCUUCCACCGACCGGAACCAUCGAGUCCAUCAACCUGGACUCUGUUCCUCAGUCCGUCCCUCGCCUGGACAACACUGCAGCCAAACACAAACUGUCCGUCAAACCCAAAAACCAGAGGGUGUCCCGCAAACACAGACGCUUCACACAGGACCUCCAGGAGGUUUCUAUUCCUGGUGUGCUGCAGGAGGACCUCGAGGCUGCAGGCGCCUCCUCAGAGGAGCGGCGCAGAGCAUCUGUCGAGUCCUUAGACGGCUUUAAGAAACAGAGGCUGAACGAUGAGGAGAGACAGGAGACGAGGAGGAAGAGGGAGCAGGAGGAACAGAGGAUCAAACGUGAGGAAGAGGAGAGGAGGAAGAGGGCCGCAGAGGAGCUGAGGCUGCGGGAACUGGAGGAGGAGAGGUGUCGUAAACAGCAGGAGGAGGAAGAACGAAGGGUGAGAGAGGAGGCUGAGAGGAGGAGGAGGGAAGAAGAGGAGAGGAGGCGACAUGAGGAGGAAGAAAGGAGGGCGAGAGAGGAGCUGGAGAUCAGAAAGCGUGAAGAAGAGGAGAUGAGACGCCAAGAGGAGCAGAGGAGGAAAGAGGAGGAGGAAGAAGUGAAGAGGCAGCUGGAAAAGAGGAGGAAAAGAGCAGAAGAGGAGGAAAGAAGAAAGAAGGAGGAGGCUGAGAAGCAGAGGUUGCACGAGAUUGAAGAAAAGAAAAAGCAGGAAGCAGAGGAGAGGAUUAGGAAGGAGGAGGAAGAGCAGAGGAGGCUGUCAGAGGAGGCUGACGGUGGCUCUGAUCCACAGGAGAGGAAGAGGAGGGCGGAGGAGCUGCGAUGGAGGGAGAUGGAGGAGAGGCAGAGGCCUUUCUCCUUUAAAGUUUCCUCUGGAGAGAAACAGAUUUUAUUCCAGAAGGUGAACCUGACGCCUGUGACGCCGGCCUCCAGCCAGCAGGGCGGUGCUGCAGCAGAACCACGAGAGAGCAGCAGGGCCUCCUCUUCCUCUGAAGGAGCCGAAUCUCCUAACCUGCCAACGUCUCCGUACAUCCCUCACACCGCCAUCCUCGUCACGGGCGCACAGCUCUGUGGGACGGCUGUCAAUUUAGACCAGAUUAAAGACACGGCCUGCAAGUCUCUGCUGGGUCUGGGAGAGGACCGGAAGGCCCAGGGAACUCCGCCAACCAAGAGCAAGACCUCACCGGACCGCAAGUCUGGAAAAACCAAAUCCCUCAAUGAGUCCUCGCUGUCUACAGAUCAAUCGGGGGCCGCCGUCCUCGCAGAGUGGGCCAGCAUCAGGUCCAAGAUAUUCAAGGGUGUCGAGGAUGGGAAGUAUGACGAGUACCCCGAGUCAAGCAAGACCCCAAACCAACCAAGCCCCGAAGAACAACCCGCAAUCUCGCACAGCAACCUCAGAAAGACCAUGUCCGCCAGCGCCAAGUUCUCCAUCACGCCUGCGAAGAAGAAGUUUGGAGAUUCAAACAGAAACUCUGAGGUGUUUGCUGCAGAGGAAACACCUGAGGAACCAGCUCUGCCUGAAACCUCUCCAACUCCUCCAGCGAGUCGGCCUCAGAGCAGGACGAGUAAAACCGUCCGGAUCGUGGAGAGAGGCUCAGAGGAAUGUAUGUUCGCCAAAGACCUUCCUUCCUUCCUGGUCCCGAGUCCUGGAGGCAGACCUGAUGGAUUAGAGCUGAAGAGCAGGGCGAAGAGUGAGACGGAGGCGUACGAGGGCAGAGCAGAGGGAGAGGAUGGAGGCCAGGAUGGCGAGGACAAGCCUUCGCCAUUUGGCAUAAAGCUGCGGAGGACGAACUUCUCCCUCCGCUUCCACAGUGAGCAGUCCACCGAGAAACGAAAGAAACGCUACAGUGCCGGGGACAGCUUUGACGGCGUCCCUUCACCUCUUACCCCCAUCGAGCCGGACUCCGAUGCUUCCCCUGUCUUUUCUGAUAAAUCAAGUCCCACCUCGCCGCAUCCAGAAGGCGCAGCCGGCAAGUACUCACAAGCAUCCGCCUCGCCUGCCGUCCCUCGAGGUAAACCCGGUAAGUCGACCAGCCCCACCACGCAGAGCGAAUCUGAGAAAGUUACUUCAAAACCUCCGAUCUACCGCAGACCGACCACGUCGCCCAAACCAGUCCCUACCCCGCCUCAGUCACCACUACCCAAAGCGUCCCCCGUGCCUCCCAGUGACGUCUCGGUCCAGAGGACGGGGGCGGCAGAGACGUCCAGCCAGGAGCAUACAAGGGGCGAGGAAGCUUUGGUGAUGACCCCGCCACGCCGGAGCAGCCCGGUCCAGAUUCAAGGGGAGGAGGAGCCAAAGGAGAAGAGAUCUUUCUUCCCCUCCAUCAACAUCCCCUGGAGAGAGAAGACUGACAGAAAGACGGAGCUCAUCAGGAAAGAGAAACCGUCCCUGCAAAGCCGACACUCUCUGGACAGUGCGAAGGUCCAGGAGAAGGAGGCAGGGCCGUUGUGGAUCACGCUGGCUCUGCAGAAACAGAAAGGUUUCAGGGAGCAGCAGCAGAGCCGGGAGGACCGUCGCAGCCUAAGAGAGGCCAAGCUGGCUGAGAAACAUGCUCGAGACAGCGUCACUCUGGUGAGCCCCACAGAGAGCAGAGGCAGCGGCAGCACCAGCCCAUCCUCCAAACCUCAGACACCAGAGGAGCCGAAGAGACCCGACAGCCUGCUGGGACGAUUCGAGCGCAGAGAGCAACUGAAGAAAGCCAACACGUUACCAAGCUCGGUCACCGUGGAGAUUGCAGACUCUACACCGUCGCCCCCUGCUGUCAAGGAGGUGUCAAAGCGCUUCCCGUCCUCCGACUCUCCACAGGUGUCUACAGAGCCCGCCUGGUUGGCGCUCGCCAAGCGGAAGGCCAAAGCAUGGAGCGACUGUCCUCAGAUCAUCAAAUAACCCCCGCCCUCUUCCUCCUCCUUCUCCUCCUCCUCCUCACACCGGCUCCAACCUGCACUGAGACUGCACACUGCCCACAGACUCACCUGUCCCCCCCUCACCUGACUGUGAAGUAACGCCCCCUCCAUCACCUCGUGACCCUCCACACACACACUGGCUGGUAUUAUUAUCAUGUUAAAGUGCGCUUCACAUUCAGAUACUCCGAACAGCUGCACAGAUAUAUGUAAACUAAAGUUGCGCAUGCACAUACUGACACACGUAUAGACGCAGGUAGAAGGAACACGCCGCAGUCCUCAGCAGCCAAUCAGACGCAGGGCUGGCCAACCCCGACUUUUUUUAUUUUGUAGCCAACUGUGACACCUUCAUUGUAAAUAAACCAUCCGCUCACCACAAUAACAGGUGCGACGUGUGUAUCCGAGAGGUUCAGCUCUGACAUGUGACGGCGUUUAAUCAGCUGAGGGAUAACUGUCUGUGUUUAAAGGGCUACCAGUUAACGAUAACGCCACCUGUGGACCACUGGUGGAAGUGUUACAUCCUCUCUGCCCUGCUCGGUAUUAUUUCUGUGUGUUUGAAGGUCCUGUAUCUCCUCUCUGAGCCUGUGUGUCGCAUACAGCAGAAGCCUUUCUCUUUUUUUUAAACUCAUUUUUGGAGCAGAACAAAUCUCACUGUGUCCGUAACGACUGUGAAAGCUGUCAGAGAGGAGAUUGUACAUUUUUGCCAUUUUACAGUAACCGGACUGAGACGGAGGGAGAACAUAAACACAUCACUGAGACCACGAGUGUUAUAAGGCAUCAACGGAGGGAGCUUCUUGUUCCUCAUCGUGUGCAUCCUCUUCUCCUGCAUCCUUAUAAUCCAACCCAAAGUUCAAAGGAUCGGCUGCAGAUACAUGUACAUUUACAAUGUUACAAUGUCAUUUAGCAGACACUUUUAUCUAAAGCGACGUACAUACGAGAACAAGAACAACACAAGCAAAGAUCUAGACAAGAGAAAACAAGAUCAGUACGAGUAACAAAGUGCUUCAAGUCCAAUUUGGGUGCAGGUACUGCCAAGCAGUGUAAAGGCAAUGCACAUAAGUGCAACCUUAAGCCUAAAAAAAUGAAGCACAUUUCCCCCAAGUUUUUAACUAUUUAAAUGAGAUUAAUCCAGAGGUCAGCCCAGUCGGGUUAGACUGGACCCUCUACCUAACCCUAUUCCCCUUUUCAAUGAGGAAGAGAAGAGAGAUGACAGUAGAAGCAGAAUCAGUAUAGAGAUACAUGAAAGAGGAAGAGAAGGCAGAGCCAGGAUGAGAGACCUGUUGGCUGCACGCUCUGUCUCCCCCCGUUACUCCAUAUUCACACGGGAAGGGAGGAGAGAAAAGAGAGAUAACAUAAAGAAAAGACAGAGUAAGCUGUCUGAAAGAGGAGAGGUGAAGCAGAGCCAAGGCGAGAAGCCUGUUAGGGCUGCAGCUCUGCCCUGCUGGCUGUACGCUCUGUCUCCCCCCGUUACUCCAUAUUCACACGGGAAGGGAGGAGAUGCAUGAAGACAAUUCUGUAGUGUAAAGGCUGAUUUAUACUUCUGCGUUGCCCCUACGCAGCAGGGGCUGACGCGGACAUGAGCACCACAUACUUGUGCGUCGAUGUGUCCGUGUCGCGCAGCAAUUCUCCACCAAAACGCUUGAGGGCAGUGCGGUCUCUCUGAUAGCCGGGUGCCUGCUUCUGGCCCCGCUACGAUCUCUGUUUACUUUCCACAGCGAUUCAGAGCGUUUUAUGUUAAUCUACAGCUGAUACAUGUUGCUGUUUAUCAUACAGACAUGAUGACAGGGAAUAAUAGAGAGGAGGAGAUGAAAUACACGGCCGAUGUGCGGCUGAUGAGCGGGGAUCUCGGAAGUGCUAUAAAUGCAAUGCCGCCGAGGGGACCAAUCACAGGGCUUGUGGUCCGCGUCGAUUCUACGGGUAGUUACAUUUUGGAGGAGGUGCACGUCAGCUACGUGUGUAGGCCUCUGUGUAGGCACAGGAGCUAAGCAGACCUCCGGCGUAGGCUACGCCGUCGAUUCGACGCAGAAAUAUAAAUCAGCCUUAUAAUCGCUCUGUCUCCACCUGUUUCAUGGGGGAAGAGGGGAGAGAAAGGAGAGAUAACAUAAAAAAAAGACAGACGAGAAAGAUGUCGGAAAGAGGAGAGUUAAAGAAGAGCUAGGGCGCGAACAGGCCAGACCGUACACUCUACCUCCCCCCAUCUUCAGAGGUUUACAAAAGAGGACAGAGAAGGCAGAGCCAGGGUGAGAAGUCUCUGCCCUGCUGGGUUAGGCUGCACGCUCUGUCUCCACUUGUUCCUCCAUUUCUUGUUCGAAGAGAGAAGAGAAAGGAGAAAGAAAAGUCAGUAGAGUAAGAUUUUAGAAAGGGGAGAGUUAAAGCAGAGUAAAGGUGAGAAGGGGCUGCUGCUUUGCCCUGCUGGCUGCACGCUCUACCUCCCCCCAGUUACUCCAUAACCAUGUGGAAAGGGAGGAGAGAAAGGAGAGAUAACGUGAAGAAAGGUCUGUAGAAGGUGUUAGAAAGAGAAGUGGUCAGACUGUACGCUCUACCUCCCCUUUGUUACUCUAUUUCAUGAGGAGAGACAUCCAGCACAUGCUCCCCUGCUUUCUGGUCUUUGUGACUCUAAAUGAAGCCAUGAUUCACAAAAUGAACAUCAUGCUAUAGUGGAAGUGCUAAGUUAUAGGCUAACGCCGGCUAGCAAGGUGCAUCAGUCAUUUACAUUAGCUGUGGUGCUAAUUGGGAGGCUAAUUUUGAGGCGUUAACAGGAUGUACUCACCAAACGGACGAGCAGCUGACUCUUCAGUGCGUCUCUAAGUUCAACAAACUCUGAGGAAGACGUUUUUCAGGUGGCGGUGUUUGCAACUUGUCAAACACAGCUAGCCCUCGCCUUAAUUUCUCUGUUUUUUUGGCCUAUUGGACUCAAAAAGAGACCGUGAUUUACAAAACAAACAUCAUGCUGCACUGGAAGAGGCUUGAUUCUUGAGAUUGGGACCCCAUGAAAUGUUUACCGAGGGAAAGAAUCCGGAUGUAUGAACAUUUUUGCAGACCUCUUUGCAAUAGAGUCGCCCCCUGCUGGCCAUUAGAGAAUGCAGAUUUAAGGCACUUUGCAUUUGGCUUUGCUUUUCAAAACACAGUUUAAGGUUACAAUAAGAGGCAAAGCUGCACUGUUAUUUAAGGACAGAGGAGCUAGGUCACAAGGAAACGAGUUGAGGAUGCACAUGCAGAGGAAAGAGGAGAGCUCGGUGAACUGCACAUUAACCGUGACGACAUGAAUCUGAUUUUCUCUGGAAACAGACACACUCCCCUGCCUGCUGUAACAUAACAUCCUCCUGUAACACACUCGUGUUCGUAGGCCAUCACUUCCUCGUCAGUGUGAUACGAUCUUACAAACAUUUCCUGUAUAAAAAAAAGACCCCUGCAGCGUCCUCACCUCCUGCCUCUCACUAAACGAUGUGUGUAAGUAUGAACCGUCCGGAGGUCAGGAGGAGCAGAAAGAGUCACUUUGUCGUUCUGUUUCUAACGUUGGUCGUGCACAAUAGUGUAGUGUGCGCAGUGUUACAUGUAACAAGGAAAAUGUUUGGUAUUAUUUGCACUUUUUUGUCCCACUUAGAGGUAUUCAUGAGAAGAUUCUUAAAGAGAAACAAAAUGUUAUGAAUAAUGUAAAUUAAAUACUGAUGUCUGA